AUGGGUAGAGAAAAUAUUCUUCAUUACCAAUUGGAGCAUGAUCAUGAAACUGAUUUACCACAACUGACUCCCCUUGCAUCCAAGGAUAUUAACGCAGGCGCAGAAGCCACGGCAGUAAAAACUACCACAUCUGCUAAAAAUUCCAAGUCUGAUAAUCAUCCGUUUAAACUCCUGAAGAAUUCCAACAAGCAAGAUUAUUUUAAUAACAACAAGUACUUUGUUGAACAUAUCAACUCUAAUCAUCUGCUGGAAAUUUUUGAAUUAAAUGGUAAAGGACAAUCUCCGCAUACAUUGUGGAUUGGAUGUAGUGAUUCUAGAGCGGGUGAAGGAUGUCUUGCAACUUUACCUGGUGAAGUAUUCACACACAGAAAUAUCGCUAACAUCGUUAAUUCCAACGAUAUUUCAUCUCAAGGUGUAGUUCAAUUUGCAGUUGAUGUUUUAAAAGUUUCGAAAAUUAUUGUGUGUGGACAUACUGAUUGUGGGGGGGUUUGGGCUUCAUUGUCUUCCAAAAAGAUUGGUGGAGUUUUAGAUUUAUGGUUAAACCCAAUCAGACAUAUUAGAGCUGCCAACUUGAAAUUAUUGAGCGAAUAUAACGAAGACCCAAAGGCAAAGGCCAGAAAAUUGGCCGAAUUGAACGUAGUGCUGUCGGUUUUGGCUCUCAAAAGACAUCCAUCUGCAUCUGCGGCGCUUAAAAAUGGUACUAUUGAAGUUUGGGGGGUGAUGUAUGAUGUUUCUACUGGUCUCUUGAAUGAGGUGGAAAUUCCAAACGAUGAGUUUGAAGAUUUAUUCCAUGUUCACGAUGGAGAAGAUGCAGACUACAAUCCACAUUGA